AUGCUCUUCGCCAUCGAUAGUCUGACAACGCUCUACGUCACAACGUCGUAUUAUUUUGUUUUUUGUUUGUGCGAAAAGUUUGCAGCCAGCGACGGCAGCGGGUUAAGCGGGAUGAGCGGCACCAGUGGAGCGGCUACGGAUCAGGCGGAGAUGGCGCCACCGUCGGCGGAGAAGUGGGGCUUUCCCUUGACCGAGCUCUACCGCCUGGCAUUUACGUUCUACAAGAGGAACUCCGGCAAGGCCAUCCAUCUGUCCUACGAGGACAACCUCAAGCUGAUCGCCUUCAAGCAGCAGGCCGCCCUGGGCGCCUUCAACACGAGCCGAGCGCCGGCGCUGGGCGUUCUGGACGUGAUUGGACGCGACCGCCAGCAGCACUGGCAGCUGCUGGGCGAGAUCACCCGGGAGCAGGCGAUGGAGGGCUUCGUCGACCUCCUGGACACCAUGUGCAGCGCCUUUCGUCCGUACAUCGAAGCAGUGCGACAGGAUCGCGACGAAACGCUGCGCAAGGAGCUGCGCCACAUGGAGCUGGAGAAGGAGGCGCGCCAGCGGCAGGAGAACGAACAGCAGGAGCUCCUCGAGGAGGGCUACAAGGAGGAGCUGCAGCGCCGCCAGCUGCAGGACGCCCUCAACAAGCAGACGUACCAGCAGUUUAAGCUGUAUGCCGAGAAGCAGUUCCCCGGCAAUCCCGAGCAGCAGGCCGUGCUCAUCCACCAGCUGCAGCGGGAGCACUACCACCAGUACAUGCAGCAGCUCCAUCUGCAGAAUCAGAACCAGAAUCAGAACCAGAACGCCGAGGACAAGGGCCAGCCGGAGGACAAUGCCCCUGGAAACAACAACAACAGCAGCAGCAGCAACACAGACCUGUCCAAUGCCAUGGAGGCUCUAAAGCUGGGCGAGAUCGAAAAGGAGGCUGUGGAGGAGCAGGCCGAGCAGCAGCAGCAGCAGCAGCAGCUGGGCGAGGAGGAGUACGACGACUACGUGAUGAUCUGCCCGGCAAAGAUCUGGACUCGUCCCGACAUCGAACAGUUCAAGACGGAGGUGUCUGCCGGCGAUGGCGACGGCGUGAUUACCAUUGGUCACGGCGACACGGUGACGGUCCGCGUGCCCACCAACAUGAAUGGCAAGUGCAUUUUCUGGGAGUUCGCCACCGACAGCUACGACAUCGGCUUCGGUAUCUACUUCGAGUGGGCCAAGCCGGUGACCAACGAGGUGACCGUCCAUGUGAGCGACUCCGACGAGGACGAGGACUGCGUGGACGAGGACUAUCUGUCCACCACCGAGGAUUUGGAGUCGGGAUCGCUGUCGCAGGAGCGCGGAGCGGUUAGCAAUCCCACUGCUCCGCCCAAGGCGCCCAUUUCCAUCAUAGUGCCCAUCUACCGGCGGGAGUGCUACAACGAGGUCUACGUGGGAUCCCACUCGUAUCCCGGCGAGGGCGUCUACCUGCUGAAGUUCGACAACAGCUACAGCAUCUGGCGCUCCAAGACACUCUACUAUCGCGUCUACUACGAGCGCUAAACGAGGCCAAAAUGUAUUUAAUAUCCACUAAACUAGAAGAAUCCUAUCUCUGUACGACCGGCUAGUGUGCAAGUCCGGAAUUAUCUGUAUGUGCGUGUGCGUGUGGCUUUUGGUUAUGGUGUUACGUGUCCCGGAAACAACAAUUAUCCAGCCAUCCUUGCGAAUAAGCGGAUGGAUGAAACCUAUUUUAUUUAUUAUUUAGUUGUAACCCACAAAGACAAGUCCAAAAUUCAAUUUGAAAAUAAUAAACCAACAAGAAGACAACUGUAAAUACACACUAUUCACAUUACUUAGCAAAGGUUCGAAACAUGUAUGUAUUUAUCCCCAUUCUUUAAUCGACUAUUAAAGGCAUGCAGCAUUUA